AUGGCUUCGGAAUACGCAGACAAGCAGAUUCGCGCAGGAGCGAAUCCCGCCGACCCGUACCUUUCGCAAACUCGCUGGCGACACGAGGAGUCUUCCGCAUUUCGUCGUGCCAGUGGUGCGCCCCGCGAAGCCGACGCUCGAGAUGGGAGCAAAGAUCUAGCCAAUUUCCUCAACAAGGCGCGCGUAGAUCCUUCUGAGACGGCUGGGUUUGGAGCGGGUGGACAUCAACCUUUGAUGGUUGCUGGAAAUGUACAGGCUGGGUCGCAAGUUCAGAACUCGCAUGCGCCAAAUGGCGCAACGGGAACUAUGGGAUCAGCCGGAGACAAUACUUUGGAGGUCAAGUGCGGGCCAUUGUUGAACUAUAGGCGCAUGGAGGAUCAUACAUGGUUUGGGAGUGUACUUGUUGUUUCGAAGUUUGGAGGGUCAGGGGAAAGUCCUAUCACUCCUCAGUUGCAUAUUAGAAUUGUCGGACCAAGAUCGCAAACGAACGGAAAUUACACAAUUCCCCAAGAAAAUGCUGGUACGAAUGGACAUGAAAACCACGGGGUUGUCAAUGGUGUGGAUUAUGGAAGCUUCGACGCUCCGGCAAAUGCCCAAUCGCAGAGCAAUGGUCAACCCAUCACCAAUGGCGCAGGAUCUGGAAAUGCCGGUUCUUUCAAAGAGACAGUAACAGGCACAAGAUUAUACUCGGACCCUCAAAACACGUUCUGGAGGUUCGAUUUGAAAGUACCAAUGCAACAAGAAGAAAUCCAAUGCGAGUAUCAUUUGUCUGGCCUGAAUUUUGUCAGAGACGGGAAGGGUGAUAAGCAGAAGUUUUUCAUACCAGCUAUUACGGAAUCUAUGCGCAUUAUGUUCCAUUCUUGUAACGGAUUUAGUGUGGGAACGGACGAGGAGGCUUAUAGCGGUGCUUGUUUAUGGAAUGAUGUUGGAAGAGUUCACGCGAAAACUCCAUUUCACGUCAUGCUCGGAGGUGGUGAUCAAAUUUACAAUGACGGUAUCAGAGUCAACGGCCCCCUGCGACCCUGGACAGAUAUCAGUAAUCCUGUCAAAAGGAGAGAAUAUCCAUUCCCCGAGACAUUAAGAAAGGAGUGCGAUGAGUAUUAUGUCAACAACUAUAUUCGAUGGUAUGGAACAGAACCAUUUGCCAGCGUCAAUGGGCAAAUUGCUCAGUUGAACUUAUGGGAUGAUCAUGAUAUCAUUGACGGCUUCGGAUCGUACGUUGACGAGUUCAUGAGAUGUCCAGUCUUCAGAGGUAUUGGUGGAGUUGCCAAUAAGUAUUAUCUACUAUUCCAGCAUCACCUUGCGCCACCAGUAUCUACUUAUACUACUGAUGCUCCUCAAACAAUGUCCAAAUCUGGAGCGGCUCCGGAUCCAAGGCAGCUGGAAAACACCUUCGUCCUAAAUGAAGAGACUAUCGAUUCAAGCUAUAUCAUGGGGAAGAAACCUGGACCAUACGUCACAGAUUGCUCUCGAAGUAUUUACGCACGUCUGGGUGCUAGAAUUGCAUUUUUCGGUAUUGAUGCGAGAACCGAGCGAACUCGUCACCAAGUCAACUAUCCUGAGACAUAUGAAAUCAUCUCGGAUCGUUUGCGUCGAGAACUUAGUGCUGCUAAGAACUCGUCUUCCCCUAUUCAGCAUUUAGUGGUAUUGUUGGGUAUUCCGAUCGCUUAUCCUCGUCUAACCUGGCUUGAAAAUAUCUUCUCGAGUCCUUUGAUUGCCCCUAUCAAGUUUCUCAACAAGCGGUUUGGAUUUGGUGGUGGCUUCUUCAAUCACUUUGAUGGAAGCAUCGAUUUAUUGGAUGAUUUGGACGACCAUUACACCGCUAGAACCCACAAGAAGGAGCGACAGAUGCUCGUUCACAAGCUUCAAGAACUUGCUUCAGAAUUCUCUGUUCGAAUCAGUAUCCUCGGUGGCGAUGUUCAUCUUGCCGCUGUUGGCCGUUUCUACUCAAACCCCAAGUUGAACGUCCCAAUGAGCAAAGACCACCGUUACAUGGUAAAUAUCAUUUCAUCAGCGAUUGUCAACAAACCCCCUCCAGCUGCCGUCGCCAACCUCCUAGCACGCCGCAACAAGAUCCACCAUCUCGACCACGACACUGACGAGACCCUCAUGACCUUCUUCGACAAAGACCCCGGCUCCGCAAACAAAACCAACAACUCCAACCAGCAAACCAUGCCCUCGCGAAACUGGGCCAUGAUAACCGAAAACUCUGCUCACGGCGCCUCCCAAUCCAACGGCCACACCAACGGCACAGCCAGCGGUCCCUACGACAUCGCCGAGAAAGUCAAAGACGGCCACUCCUGGCUGCACAAAGGCGAAGUCGACGCCGGCACCAAACACAAAGCCGCGGCCGAAGCUCAACACGGAAAAGAUCACGAUGGAAGUCUCGAUGUGUGUAUCCGCGUGGAAAUCGAUCAGCAUGACGCGACGGGUAAAACAGAGCCGUAUGGUAUGACGAUCCCGACGCUGGCGUAUGAUGGACCGCCGUUACGACCGACGAGUAAGCGGUAUGCGGGUAGUCAUCGGUCGGUGGGUACGAGACCUGGGACUGCGCAGACGGAAAGGGGACAUGAGGUUAAGAGUGAGCCGGUUGGGGGGCACGGGGGGUUGGUGCCGCCUACGCAGGGUUAG